CGCUUUAUAAAAAAGUAAAAAACACCAAAUACUCCUUUCGUAAUUUUCUCCAUCUUCUUCGAACCCACAUUUUUGUUAUUCAUACAUCUCCUUCACUUGAUAUCUUUAACCAUUUGUGUCCGUAAUUCUUUCCUCGAGAGCUAUCCCGAAAGGUUAAUCUGGCAAUGGAUCUUGGGUGCCUCGACUUGGGUUGCGUCUCUGUGUUAGAUAAGCACAGCACUGAAAUCGCUGUUGAUUCUCAAACGGUAGAACGCGAUAUCCGCGAAACUGCAGCUUCAGCUAGUAAGACUGGAAAGAAUAGAUCGCCGAAAGGGGUUGGCCAAUCAACAUUGAAUGCUCUUAACAAAUUUACAUCACAAAUUAAGAAGCCCACUCAUCGUAAGAGUUCUCCUAUCAACUGGUUUCCACGCAAAAAGGUGGACUCCUACUUGAAGAGGAAAAUCAAAAUGCUGCAGGAAAUAGAUGGCAUGAAUUCAACACUUGAUGAGACACUUGGAGAUUCUAAUCCACAUUAUUCAAGAGUCUUGAGAGAAAAAAUUGCAGCAAGGGAGGCAGCACAUAGAGCAAUGGAGGCUCGAAAGGCUGCAUUGGUGGAAGCAUCUUGGUGUAGAAUACUUCGAGCGGCCAGGAUCCAGAGCAAAGAAGCAGAAGAACUUGUGCUAAAGGCAGAGAAAAAUGCAACUGAAGCUUUUGAAGCAGCUACAGCCAUGGGGGUGAUCAUGUAUGAUAUGCCAAAUUGCCCCCGGAAGCCUAGUCAAAUUGAAACAUCUACAAUUAAUGGAGGAAGAUCUACCACUCAUACUGUGACAGCAUCAUUUGAAACAGCAUUUGAUGUAGAUAAAGAAGUAGCUGCAGCAGUAAAAAUUGCAUUUACUAGGCUUGCUACCUGUCCCUCCUUUAACAAAGAUGAAGUCAAAGAGUUGCUGUGCAAAAUAAGUCAAAAUCCAGAUAUGGAGGAUAAUCAUCAGGAAUUAUCUUCAGAACAUGAAUCAGAGUCGGGGUCGGAACCUGAAACAGUAUCACAAAAUGUUGGCUUUAGUGCUCCAGAAGAUGACUUUAGUGCUAUAGAGACAAGACAAAGGAAAUGCAAGAAAAGGAGGCAGUCAUUGGAAAAGCUUAAUAUGACAAAACUUGUGGAUAUUAUGCUUGAGAGGCUCAGAUGCUUGAAAGAAGAUGAACUUUCUUCUUUGGCCACUAUAGUGGCAACUUGUGGAUUAAAUGCUGCCUUAGCAGAAGUGGAGAGCAGUAAGCUGCAUGAUCCAGGCACUGCAACUGAUUGUACCUCAAAUUUUAACAUUCCUCAUAGAAUGUCUUCUGCAGGUCCAGGAACAAUGAGAUUCUCAAAUCUGGAGCAUACGAGAAGGAAGCAAGCUGAGACAGAACUCCCAAGUCUAGACAAGUUUUUGGUUAAGCACAUGUCAAAAUUAGAAAGGGAGGUGCAAGAAGCUAAGAAUAGCAAGAGGAAUGGAUCUGUACAAGGUGAUUUAGAGAAUAAAGAUAAAAAUGACAAUGGAAAGGUCAAUUCAGAAAUAGAACAUGAUCCUCUGCCCGAUUUAGGGAGUAUUCUUGUUAAGCAUUCCUCUAAGCUUGAGAAAGAGAUUGAAGAAACAAAGAAGAAUAAGGGGCAAAAUUUUGAAGUUGCUCAAAAGAAACCAGUAAAUGAGGUCAUUCCUGACCUGGGAAGUAUACUGAUGAAGCAUUCAUCAAAGCUUGAAAAGGAAAUUCAACAGAUAAGAGAGAAUUCUGAAAAUUUAGAUGGCAAGGAACAUGAAAGAGCACCAGAUAAGGUGGUUAGUCGAAGAAAAGAAGAUGUUCCUGAAGUCCCCAGCCUGGAUAAGUUUCUGAUAAAGCAUGUGUCAAGACUUGAAAAAGAGGUUCAGGAAGCAAAGAACAAAAGGAAAAAUGACCUGUUUGAAGAAGAUAGGAUGAUUAACUCGAAUAAGAAAGUGAAUUCAUCCACUUCAAGUUCAGAAGCUGAGAAAAACACCUGGUCUUCUGAUGGAGAAAGGGCAGAUAAAGAAAAUGUUGACUUGAACAAGGAUCCUGAUGUGUCUGUAACCUGCUCAGAACAGGAUACUAAGGCAGGAAAUAAUGAGUCAGAAGACAGCUUGGGCUCUAUCUUGGUGAAGCCAGUGCAUAGACUGGAGAGGGAGAAAAUGCAAGCCUUGACAUUGAAAACAAGCAAUGUGAAUAGGAGGCACCAAAAUAAACAUGGAGGAAACUCUGUUAAAGAUUAUGAAAGCUUGGACAAGGUUCUAGUGAAGCAUGUAUCUAAACUAGAGAAAGAGAAAAUGGAGUUCAGUUUGAAGGGAGAAGAGCUAAAGAUGAAGACAAAUGGCAGAAAUGUGCAGAUGCAGAUGAGUGAAGAAGGUGGGCUGGACCAAAUAUUGGUUAAACAUAAAUCAAGACUUGAGAGAGAGAAGAUAGCUUUCUCUCAGCAACCUGGAGACCAGAUCAGAUUCUCUGUAUCUCGUAGAGAAACAAGGGAGAGAGAGUUGCAAGAAGCAUGGGGAGGCUUAAGUUUAGGCAACUCCAUCAGGCCACAUCUAUCCAAGCUUGAAAGGGACAAGGCCGCUUGGAUUAAAGCUGAAGAAGAGGAAAGAAGGCAGGCAACAAAGGAAGUGUAAUUUCUUUCUGUCAUGUCUCCCUUUUGAAUCUUAACUGGACAAUGUGUAUAUUUUUUGAAUAUGUUUCUGAACCUGUACUGGAUGAGCUAGCUAGCUAGCUAGCUCUUCUUCUUAUAUGUGUCGUCGUUCUUUGAAUCGUGGCAUCCCUUUUGUUGGUGCCUGUUAAUUUCAUCCCAAAAUGUUCCAAGUGAUUCCUAA